AUUUUUUGGAUGAUUUAUUGAAUGAUUAAUUCAAUGCUUUUUUGCUAACCUUGCCGCGCGACGGCUUGCUUCCAUAGACCAUUAAACUCGAUAAUCAAGACGAAAUCCCUAUUAAGUGAUGCUAGGUAGGCUGGUGCGUGGUGCCCUCGCGGCGGCCGCCCAGCAGGGCCAGAGUUGCGAGAGUUUGAUUGCCGGCAAAGUGCUAAAGGCCGGAUUAAGCAGCACGUCAGCUUGCUGCAGCGAUCGCAUCUCAUCACCAAAUUCUCCCGCAUUUAGUGGCGAGCAAUCUGUGGUUUCUGUUGACGGCAGCCGGGCAGGGAGCCAUCUUCACGCCAGCACAUCGCACGGUACCCCCUGCUCAGAAUGGAGCAGGUGGUCAGCUAGCUCAGGUCAAAGCUCUCAGCUUCAGCAGCUUAGGUUUUAUGGAUUCGCCACUCCAAAGCGCCGCUUUCAGCUUCCGAAACCCAUUGCACAGCUGGUGCGGGACAAGAUUCUAGAGCAGCGCCUAAGCGCGCCUCCCCCUCCGCCGCCGCCGACAUUGGAAAAGCGACAGAUGGCCGACACCUCCUUACGCGUCGGGUGCAUUGCGACGAAGGCGGGCAUGACGCAGGAGUGGGACGAGCACGGCGUUCGGGUACCGCUGACGGUGCUAUGGAUCGAUGAGUGCCAGGUGGUCGGGGUCAAGACCCAUGAGGUGCAUGGCCGCACGGCGCUCAUGCUGGGGGCGGGCCACAAGCGCCAAAAGUGCAUGUCACCCUCACAGGCGGGCUUCUUCCUGAAGGUGGGUCUGCCGUUUAAGAAGUUGGUUGCGGAGUGGCCUGUGAGCGAGGACGCGCUCCUGCCGAUGGGGACCCACAUCACGGCAGCCCACUUCGUCGCGGGGCAGCGCGUGGAUGUGACCGGCUGGACCAAGUACAAGGGCUUCCAGGGCGUGAUGAAGCGCUGGGGCUUUAAGGGGCAGCCUGCCUCACAUGGUGUGUCUCUGUCGCACCGCGCGCCAGGCGCCAUCGGCAACCGGCAGGACCCCGGCAAGGUGUGGAAGGGCAAGAAGCUGCCGGGCUGCAUGGGUGAUGAGCGGCGGACGGUGCACCAUUGCCUGGUUUACAAGGUAGAUGCAGCUCGUAACCUGGUGUACAUCCGGGGCCAGGUGCCUGGACCCAAGGGUCGCUCUGUCUACCUGCGAGACUCACGCCUCACAACCCCGCGUGUGCGCGCUACGUGGGGCCUGCCCUUUCCUACGCACAUCCCCACUCCCGAUGAGCUGGCGGCGGCAUCGGCGCCGGGCGACAUGACGGCGGUGCCGGACCCGGCGGCGGUGUCGGUGUGGCGCAAUCCGAAGGACCCCUACCUCAUGUACGUCAAGGAGACGGACUAUUUCCCAAUUACCUGGAAGAAGGGAGAGUGAUGAACUGGCAGGCUGUUGGUCUCUAGAAGCCAUAGGAGGCCUGACGGUGGUGGAAGCGAUGGCUCGGCAGCAACGGCUGGCUGGGUAGUCGGCCUGCGUCCGUCCUGGCGAACUGGCGAUGGCUGGGAUACGGGCCAUUACGAGCUCGGCAGCUUGAGAGCAUGAUCGGUGUAUGCAAUUGCGCAGCUGGCUAGUAUGGCACCGAAGCGCGCUGCUUCGCUUGAAAAGUUGAAUUCAACUUUUCAGUGAGCGGAUGGAGAUGUGUGCAGGCGAUUAGGAUGUGGGCAUGUGUCUGUAGCCUUGGCAAGCAGGGCAACGGUUAUAUUUACGGGGUGGCCUUGCUCUUCGCGUUGUGUGUAUUGUAUCACACGGGAACUAGUUGGCGGACUUAAGUGUGAACUGGGUGUGGUACGGCCUGACUGUCGGGAUCUGCGCGCGGUUAUUUUUGGACAGAUCCCAGAAUGGUCCUUGUUGGAUCGCUUGUCCAAGCACCGGUUGCACACUGUUCUGCUUACAGCGGAAGUUGAGGGGUGUUCUCGCGGGUAGGAAAUCGACGUAGCGUAAGUGAUAUUCUGUAAAGUUCUCGGCG